UAUAUAUAAUUAAUCAUUAAUGCAAUUAGUAAAUUUUGUGAAAAGAAGUACUUCGAGAAAGUAAAAAGACUACAUUUAAUGUAGUAAUCAUUUGAUUAUUGGUAUCAACUACUGAACAAUAAAUAUCAACACUAGGGUUAAGGGAAGAGUAAAAGACUGUCAAUUAAUAUAUUAAUAUACAACAUUAUUAGUAAUUAAUAAACACAUAUAGACGUCCUAUGGGAAGGGGAAAAAGGUUGUAAUUAUUAUAGGUUAUACAUUGUACAAUAAUAACACGAGUACUUAGAAAAUUUAAUGAAUAUUAAUUACAAUUUCAGUAAAUAUUAUUGUUGGCACACCAGGCUUUCAAUUAUUAUACAGUAAGUAUUUGAGUAUUCGAGUAGAUAUUACGUGCGGUUUCCAAUACGAAUAAACUGCUACGACAAUGACAUUAACUACUCAUUAUCUAUUGUGUAUAAGACAAAUUGUAUGUCAUAAUUACAAAUUCUUUGAUUGUCUCUCCUUCUCCUUCUGUGGAAUCCAUAACCAACAAUAUUCAAAUAACUCUAAAGUCAUCCUACCCUCAACAUGAGUACACAGACAUCGACGGCCUCCAAUGCUUUUCAUCAUUCGUCUUCAUCGUUCCAUUUUGUCGGGUAUUAUAUUCAUCAUAAUUUCACGAUAUUUCAAACAUGCCCCACCUAAUUUCUUGGGAUGCACAGUCAUAUAUCAAUUUCAGGAGGCAUUCCAUGUUGAUAGAAACUACAUUGAGGUACCUUCAAAAUAUCAUUGGCAAUGGGCUCCUCAUUACCCACCUCAGGUGCUCUUCGAUUACAAUGGAGACAAGCACUUUAUAAAAAUUAGAAAAGAUGGUGACAGAUACUAUUUUGCCGAUGGGCUUAAAGAGUUUAGAAGACUCAUGGGCAUUCAUGAAGGUGUCAUGGUCCAUUUUAUGGCACCCAACAAUAAUAUAACAUUUCAGUCCACCGUUGGAAAGACAAACAUGUGGAAGGCCUCGCACAUCCACCAGAAAUUAUGUCUUCAUGGUAGACGUUACCCAACCUAUCAUCUCACAUGCUACCCCAUUAUUGCUGCCCCCCCCGAGGCUCUCAAUUUUGUUGCUCCAUCAUCACAAUAUAUCACUAUUCAAGGUAAUAAUGGUCGUCGUUAUAUAUGGAGGAUCUCUAUGCAUAAUGGCAUAUAAUAUUUGGCUGGGCCUUGGUACCAAUACUUAAUGGACAAUGACCUAAUGGCUAUUGAUGAGGUCGUCUUCUAUUUUCGUCCCAACCAACAUGUAUGGGAACUUAUCUUGAGGAAGCAUCUCAUAUGGGAUGAAGAUCAGCCCAAAUGAAGAAUCCAGUCCACAGCCCAAUAUAAUAAUUUUUGUCCGUUUUUUGUUAAAGUUUUUUUUAUGUAACUUUUAUUUGAACCCGAAUGGUGUAACUUAAUCACCUUCGGGUAUUAGACAAUAUUUAAUUUGUUAUAUAUUUUAUUUUCACUCAUGUCAAGUUAUAU